AUCAAUGCAUGCAGAUUAAAUAAAAGUUUACAUUAGGUAGUUUACAGUAAUUUUGCAUGCAAAAAAAAUAUUUUAAAUGGAUGCUUAUAUUUCUCUCUAUAUAUAGCAUUAAUCAUGAACAUUAUUUGAACAGAAAACAGAAUCUCAUCAGAAGAAUAAAAGUGCAUCAGAAUGGCUCUGACUGAAGCUGAGUUUGAGAGCAGCAGCAUCAUGAAGGAAUGGAGCGGACAGGUUCAGCCGGCUUUGAUAGCAUCCUUCAUCAUCCUCUUCUUCCUGGAGGCCUGUCUUUGGGUCAGGAACCUCACUCUCAAGAAAAGGCUUCCAGGCCCGUUCGCAUGGCCCUUAGUGGGCAACGCCAUGCAGCUGGGACAAAUGCCACACAUCACCUUCUCCAAGCUGGCAAAGAAGUACGGAAACGUCUACCAGAUCAGACUCGGGCGAAGCGACAUUGUGGUUCUGAAUGGAGACGCGGCUAUACGCAAGGCACUCAUUGAACACAGCACUGAAUUUGCCGGGAGGCCAAACUUUCUGUCUUUUCAGAUGAUCUCCGGCGGACGGAGCAUGGCGUUCAGCAGUUACAGCAAACAGUGGAAGGAGCAUCGCAAAGUAGCUCAAUCGACUUUAAGAGCAUUCUCGUUAGCCAACACUCAAACCAAACAGACAUUCGAACAACACGUUGUAGGUGAAGCCAUGGAUCUGGUCCAGAAGUUUCUGAGGCUCUGCGCCGACGGACGACACUUCAAUCCUUCGCACGAAUUCUCCGUCGCCGCCGCAAACGUCAUCUGCGCGCUCUGCUUUGGGAAACGCUAUGGCCAUGACGAUCCCGAGUUCAGGACUCUCCUGAAAAGAGUGGAGAAGUUUGGCGAAACUGUUGGCGCUGGAAGCCUGGUGGAUGUUAUGCCUUGGCUGCAGUCGUUUCCCAAUCCGGUCCGAAGCGUUUAUCAAAACUUCAAGCUCAUUAAUGAAGAGUUCUUCGCUUAUGUGAAGGACAAAGUGAUGCAGCACAGAGACACCUAUGACCCUGCGGUCACCCGUGACAUGAGCGAUGCAAUCAUUGGCGUAAUUGAGCACGGGAAAGAGAGCAUGCUAACUAAAGACUUUGUUGAGUCUACGGUCACUGAUUUAAUUGGUGCAGGACAAGACACGGUGUCUACAGUCAUGCAAUGGAUACUUCUGCUUUUAGUCAAAUACCCAUCAAUCCAAACCAAACUCCAAGAGCAGAUUGAUAAAGUAGUAGGUCGUGACAGACUUCCAUCAAUAGAAGACAAGAGCAACCUGGCCUACCUGGACGCCUUCAUCUACGAAACCAUGCGCUACACCAGCUUCGUCCCCGUCACCAUACCACACUCCACAACCGCAGACGUCACCAUCGAAGGUCUCCACAUCCCCAAAGACACCGUGGUGUUCAUCAACCAAUGGUCCGUCAACCACGACCCUCAAAAGUGGCAGGAUCCUCACAUCUUCAACCCGUCGAGAUUCCUGGACGAGACCGGAGCUCUGGAUAAAGACCUGACCAACAGCGUGAUGAUCUUCUCUAUCGGGAAGAGACGAUGCAUCGGCGAUCAGAUCGCCAAAGUGGAGGUUUUUCUGUUCUCUGCCAUCCUUUUGCACCAGUGUUCGUUUGACAGCAACCCCUCUCAGGAUCUCUCCAUGGACUGCUCGUAUGGUUUAGCACUGAAGCCGCUCCAUUACACAAUCUCAGCAAAGCUCAGAGGAAAACUGUUUGGCUUGGUAUCACCAGCAUGAGUAUAAAUAAAUAACCAGCUUGUUAUUGUGACUAAAGGCCAUCAGAGACUGAACAUAUUACAAAUGUAUUCAACAUAAUGAGAUUAUUAAAGCUGCACUGAAUGCUGUUUAUUACUUGUAUAUUUAAUAUUUAAACACGUUUGCAUUGAUUUAAUGAUUUACUCACAUCCAUAGAAAAUGUUGUCAGGUAACUGAAGAGAUUCUUCAGCUCUUAACAGUAAUGUUUUAAUUGCUUCAUGUUUAUAAAACACCAUCUAUGCUUCAAAAUAAUGUAAGAAGAACUGCAAUAUGAAAACUUUACGGUCCACUGCUAAGCCAGUAUCACUGUAGACAUAUCAGUUAUUAUGUAAUAUUAUGCAAUUGUUUGUAGAUCGUGUUGAGUCAUGUUAAUGGGUUGCAGCUGUUCUUUUACUUCCUAUGAGCUCGCCUCAGAUUGGCAUCGCAGUGCAUUUAAUUGUGCUUGCAUAAAACUGUAUAACAAUGUGAUUAUGUGCUUCAGGUAUUAAAAGUAUUAGGCAUUUAAGCAUUUACUUAUACCCAUUAUACAACGGUUUAUAUAAAUUAUAUUCUUUUAAAAUGCAUAUAAAUUUGAGAUUCUUAAAAAGGCUGCUUUGACUUGUUGAAAUAACAGUAGUUUUAGUGAUAUGCCAAUAUUGCAAUCAGUGUUUUGCUGAGACUGGUCUAUCGCUCAGCGAAUCAUCCAAUAAAGUCUUAAGCAUCACGCUGGAUGAACUAUCAGCUUCCUCAUGAUGUCAUUUUGAUCUCACAUGCACAAUUUCUCCCACAUGCACAAAACAAAUCUUCAAAAUCAGUAUAAAACCAGCAGUAUAAAUUAGAGCUACUAUCUCAAGAUGUUCUCCUAUAUCACACUGCAUUUAUUAUGAUAAAUGUUUACACUGAAUGUUUCGCAAGCUCUGUAACUGAAGUGCAUGUAUUCAGGAAAACAGCUUUUU